AUGGCCCAGGACGGGAAAACUACUUUCUCGUUGAACCAUUAUCAGGGUGGGUACCCAAGAGCUAAACAAGAACAGUAUUCACUUUAUCUACGCAAACUUCAUCAAGACUUUAUAGAUUCAUGGAAUGAAGCAUCUGAAAGCAAUGCGAAGUUGAGCGACUUUGAAAUAUUUCGAGUCCUUGGCACGGGAGCUUUUGGAGUAGUGUAUCUCGUUAAGCACUUGACUACUGGAAAAUACUACGCGAUGAAAGCAUUAGAAAAAGAAAAAAUCGUAAAAUUAAAACAAAUUGAGCAUACUUUUUAUGAGAAGAAAAUUUUGUGUGGACUUAACUUUCCGUUUGUUGUUUACAUGAAAUAUUAUUUUAAGGACAAUGUGUAUGUUUACUUUGUUUUACCAUUCAUAUCCGGUGGGGAAAUGUUUACUCACCUACGCAAAAUGGGGAAAUUUGAAGAAACGUCAUCUAAGUUUUAUGGUGCUCAAGUAGUUCUUGCUUUAGAGUAUUUACAUUCAUGUGAACUGGUCUAUCGUGAUUUGAAACCAGAAAACAUUAUGAUUGACAGAACAGGAUACAUUAAAAUUACCGAUUUCGGAUUUUGCAAAUUGAUACGUGGUCGAACAUGGACACUCUGUGGUACUCCAGAAUACCUGGCACCUGAGAUUAUUCUUAGUAAGGGUUAUGGAAUGUCAGCGGACUGGUGGUCACUUGGCAUUCUUUUGUUUGAAAUGAGUGCUGGACAUCCACCGUUCUUUGCUUCAGAUCCUAUGAGAAUAUACGAGAAAAUUGUAGCUGGAAAAUAUAAAUGUCCGAAUCACUUUACAAGUGAACUGAAGGAUCUGAUCGCACACAUUCUUCAAGUUGAUGUAACAAGACGUUACGGUGUUCUUAAAGAUGGUGUUUUGGAUUUUAAGAAUCACAAAUGGUUCAGAGACAUUGAGUGGGAUAACCUCUUAAAUAGUAGAAUACAUCCACCGUUUAUUCCAAAAGUGAAAUCUCCCGGUGAUACGACAAACUUCGAACCAUUUGAAGAAGAAAUUCUGAAACAAAGUCCUGUAUGCCUUUAUGAGGAUGAGUUUAUGGAUUUUUAA